AAUCUUUUUUCCGCCUCAAGCACCCGAGCUCCUCCUGCCCUCCCGGCCCCAUCGCUUCCUCACAUCAUGUCGGCCUCCCGACGCAACUCCAAGGACUCUACCCGCCACGAAGACCCCGAGACGGCCGCCAUGGCGGACGUUGCGGCCAACCCGACGGCCGGAGCGCUGUCGUUUGCCGACCUGUCCUUGAACGGCGCUGCGUCGAGCGCAUCUGCCGAGAAGGUGGAAGUCGUCAAGGCCCGCACCAAGAGCCGCGAGCUCUCCAAGAAGAUGGGCGGCGGCAAGAAGGGCCUGUGGGGCAAGCCUGAGGACCUUAUUACGUCGGCGCCGAUCGACCACGACGACCCCAACUACGACAGCGAAGAAGAGUCGGACAACGUUGUCUUGGUCACGUCGCCGCGUAACCCGCAUGCGGCCCCGCCGCUCUCGCCCCGCACGCGCAGCCUCUCCAAAAUUGCGCUUGUCGACGGCAACCCGCGCGCGUUUGGCAACGCGUCCGUGCCCGCGGACGUCAAGAAGGCGAUCGAAGAGAUCGUCUCCGAGUACUUCGUCAGCGGCGAAGUCGAAGAAGUCCAGCACCGUAUUAAGGAGCUUGCCAAGAAGACGAGCGAGCCGUACAACUAUGAGUUUGUCAAGCGUGCAAUCACCAUGUCGAUGGACAAGCAUGAAAAAGAGCGCGAGAGCGUCUCCCGACUUCUCUCGGAGCUCUACCUCAACGGUUUGAGCCCGCUUGAGAUCUCCCAAGGCUUUCGCCGUGUCCUUAUCGCGGCCGACGACUUGGCGCUCGACAUUCCGAGCGCGAUCAACAUGCUCUCGAUCUUUGCUGCGCGUGCGGUCGUCGACGAGAUCGUGCCGCCGAAGUUCCUCGAAGAUUCGUUUUUGCUCAAGAACGCCGAGCCCGUCGUUGCUGAAGCCAUCAAAAAGCUCAGCAUCAAGCACGGUACCGUUCGCAUGGAGAAGGGCUGGGGCCCUGGCGAUGGCCGCCCGGUCGAAGAACUCAAGGUUGCGAUCGACCAAUUGACGAAGGAGUACCUUUUGUCGCGCGACUUGGGUGAAGCGGCGGCGUGCGUCCGCGAACUGAACGUCGAGCAUUUCCACCACGAGGUCGUGAAGCGUGGUAUCAUCAACUCGUUUGAAGACGGCGCGGAUGCGUGCCACGCCAUGGGCUCGCUCUUGGCCUUUUGGUCAGCCAGGACGUGGUGUCGUCGAUCCAGAUCCUCAAGGGCUUUGAACGCGUCAAGCUCGCGCUGCCUGAUAUCAAGCUCGACGUGCCGGCGGCCGAAGGCCUCUUUACGACCAUUGUCGGGCGCGCCACCUCGGACGGGAUCCUUCCCGCGACCUUUACGGCCAAGUAGUUACCACUCGUACUAGCCAUUCCUCUGUAUUUCUCCAAUCACCACCACC